GUCUUUACAAGUGGGAAAAAAAGUUAUUUAACGAGAUUACAAAAAGGGAAGAUGAGGUUCCUCCAAAACCUCGCUAAAGCCUCUUCUUCCUCGACCAAAAUCCGAAGCCAGUCGACCACGCUGUUUUCCGCGAUCAUCUCUCGCUCCUUCUCGCGAUCCCGCUCGUCCUCCGAACGGCCGUCUUUCGGCGUUGCGUUCGACAUCGACGGCGUCAUUCUACGCGGCAACGCUCCCAUCGGCGGCUCUCCGCGUGCUCUCGGACGAUUAUAUGACGAUUCGAUCGGUACCUUGAAAGUUCCCUAUGUUUUCUUGACAAAUGGAGGUGGAGUCCCUGAAUCUAAAAGAGCCUUGGAGUUGGAAAAACAAUUGCGUGUUAAUAUCUUGUCCUCGCAAGUUAUACAAGGGCAUACACCUUUCAAACAGCUGGUGAAGAGAUUUGAGAAAGAGCUCGUUAUUGCUGUGGGAAAAGGUGAACCUGCUGUAGUGAUGUCUGAAUAUGGUUUCAAAAAUGUUCUUUCAAUAGAUGAUUAUGCAUCUUGCUUUGACAACAUUGAUCCCCUGGGGUAUUUUAAGAAGUGGACAACUGGGAAUGUUUCUGAUCAGAUCAACACUAUUAGAAGCUCUGUUUGCUCGCAAAGGGUGCAGGCAGCAUUUGUUGUGAGUGAUUCUAUUGACUGGAGCAGGGACAUUCAGGUUCUCUGUGACAUUUUAAGAACUGGUGGUCUUCCUGGAAGCAAAAUUGCACACCAACCUCCUUUGUAUUUUGCAAGCGAUGACCUUGAAUACCAGGCUGUAUUUCCAAGUGAACGUCUUGGUAUGGGUGCUUUCAGAAUUGCACUUGAAUCUAUCUUCAACAGGAUUCAUCCUAAUGCCCUUGAGUAUACAUCUUUUGGGAAGCCAAAUACUUCUGUGUUCAGGAAUGCUGAAACUGUACUGAGGGAAUUGGUGCAUUCAUCAUCCAAUACCAUUCAGUCAGCGAAUGAUCAAAUUGGCGGAAAUCAUGUUUUUAGAACCCUUUACAUGGUAGGAGAUAAUCCUUCAGUCGACAUCAAAGGAGCUCAACAGGCUGGACAUCCCUGGUUUUCCAUUCUGACAAGGACGGGGGUUUUCAAGGGAAAGGAAAACCAUGACGAGUAUCCAGCAGAUCUGGUUGUUGACACAGUCGAAGAGGCAGUUGACUACAUAUUGAGGAAGGAGGGCAUCUAAAUUCUUAUUUCAUUGUUUCGGUUACAGAGGAGAAGGAACGGGUGCAAGAGAGGGCCCAUUUUUUACCCAAUCAAGGUGAACUAGCAGCAUUUGUUUGGCGUCCCUAGACCGAAAAUUUAGCUAAUAUCAGGUUUACUUGUUACUUCCAAACUUACUUGCUCUGGUAGACACCAGGUUUUUACAGUACCAGCACGCUUUAUGGUGCACUUCAUAGCUUGUGCCUGUCGAUCUUUGUGACGAGCUUUUGUUUUCCCCCAACUUUGAACAGAUCUAUGGAUCAUUUGGCAUGCAUGCUAGUAUAAUUUACCGCACCAUUUCUUUUGGCUA